AGCCUUUUGGCUGAACAGCGCGAGAAGGCGCGUGGCAGGGCCUCGGGCCAGCCGCCCGCGCCCUCGCCGGCGCCAUGUACCCGGUGCUCAUCGUGCUGGCGUUCAGCGCCACGCUGCUGCUGCGGAGGAAGCUGUUCCAGAGGGAGAGGCAGCGGCGGCUGCACGAGCUCAGGCCCGGCGGGCUCCCGCUGGCGCUCCUGUUCCAGCCCUACACCUUCUUUUUGCUCGUGCUCGUGGUGUGCUACUCUUACCUGGUCUGCCUGUUCGGGGAGCUCGUGGUCAAUUACAACUGGCUCGACCCAACUACCUUCAAGCUCGAGGUACAUUUCCCGAAAGACGCACCUGGAGUGGGCGUCCUAGAGGACUACGCAGUGCCGUCGUGGCUGCGUGGCCUGUCGGUGGGCGCGCCGCUGUGCGUCGGGGCCACCUUCGCGGUGACCGUGGCGCACCUGCGGCUGCACCUGCCACAGGCGCGCGGGUUCGAGGACCACCUCCGCUGGUUCCCCUCGUACUCUCACGACCUGGCGAUGCAGGUUGUAUGCCUGCCCCUGGUCUACGGCGUGUUCGCGCUGUACAGCUUGUACACUAUGCUGUCGCUGGUUACUGGCGACGCCUUCUCUGGCAGCCCGAGCACGUCGCAUCAGGUGCUGGAGGAGCACUGGAAUUUGACAGUCACCUCCGUGCAGCGGACAUACGAAACCAGCUUCGAGUUGGCGGAUCUGUAUGAGGCCUGGGCGCUGCGCGCCUUCGGGUUGCUUUGCUUCGCGCUCGUGGGCCGGCAGAUCAGCCUGGAGACGCCUACGGUCAAGCACAUCAUAGACACCGUUAGGGAGCACCAGGCCCGGGUCGCCUGCGCACAGGAUCAGGGCAUCCUCGGGGACCUGACGAUCCUGAACGACCCGCAUAAGUUCCUCUUCAUGCCCCUGCAGCAGACCUCGUACAUAGGCAUAAGGGUAUUCGUGUUGACCUACGCGGCCAAGUCUGCGUACAUGUUGACCCUGGGCAUCCUCCAGGACCAGUUCGAGGUUGAGCUGUGUGGCAGUCGAGGUCGUUUCCCAGCUGCCUGCUCCUUCACGGAUUACGUGUCUGGUGCGGCUUUUUUGGCGUCUUGCCUUGCCAUCUACAACAUAGUUGUCUUCGAGCACAAUUUGAAGGAGAUCCUGAGCAAGGACCGAUUUCGGCCGUUCGAGAAGUUCCUGAGCGUGAAGAUCAUGGUCUCCAUAGCUUUCUUCCAGGACGCUGCCCUGUCCAUCCUGUUGGGCAGCGUCCUCAACUACCACACGGUCCAGAUCAACCUCUGCUACGCGAGCCUCAUCUGUUGCGAGGUCUUGGCGCUGAGUGUGAUUGUGCUCGCUGCCUGGAAGCCGGUGGACCAAGACUGGCCCUCGUGGGCGAAGAAGCAGCGACCACAGAUGGAGGAGGCCGCCGAGCGGCGCGGGCAGCUGGCCGACGAGUGCGGCUCGGCGCAGCAGCGGCACCCGGCCUUCCUGCAGAGGAGGCAGCUCACUGCAGGCGUGCCGCAGACGCCCGCGGUUGGCGACGAGCUCACGGCCAUCAUCGAGCUCCGCGGCGACGUGCGCGGCGACCAGGGCCGGGCCCUGGAGGACAUGAUCAACACCUUGUCGGCCACGGUCAGGGCGAGGUACAAGCCGGCGGCGCUGUUCCGGUGCCGGAGCCUGGGGCUGUCCAGCGACGCCAGCGCCACGCCGCUGUCUGGGGCGGGCUGGUGACGGCGCCGAGGAGGCCCUGCAGGGGGGCGGCUUGCGCCCGACUGCGCGGGGGGCCUUGGGCUGCUCUCCGCGGGGAGUGGCGCUGCCUCGCGAGGGGCCCGCGCCAGCGGCGUGUCGGCUUCCCGCAUCCAGGCGCAGAAGCUGGCCCCGCCCGGCCUGCCGGUGUCCUUCAAGUCGCUUCGUGUGGUCGUGUGCUUCUUGCAUAUCUGGCCCGUGCAGGCCCCCCCACACGCCCGCGAGAGUUGGCGGCAAUCGCGCGCGCAGCGCGCCUGCAAGCCGCCUUGCGACAAUGGCUUCUCAUUCCCAGCUCCUGCCUUGGUUCCCACCCUGCUUCCUUGCCCGACGCGACACCACGCGCGGCGCGAGCGCGCGCGCGGGCCGAGAGAGCGCAUCGGGCCGCCGGCCCGCACAGCCUGCGCAGGAGGCAA